GAUGCCAUUCUUUGGUUGGAUCAAAUGGUCUAGAAGUGAAUCCGACAAGUCAACACAAUACUCUGGCUCAGAAGUUGUAACCAAGACAUUGCUGAGGGAACUGCAGUGGCACCUGGGGGAACGGGAGAGGUUACUGCACGAGAUUGAGAACGAGCAGAAGGUCCAGAAGACAGGAGUGGAUUAUAACUGGCUGAGAAAUGAUUGCAGCUUGAAACCAAGUAUCCCCGUCACGGAACAGAAGCAGCUAGAGGUGCUGUGCUCCCAGAUUCAGCCCUGUCACACAGGGACCGUUCUCAGCAGAUUUCGAGAAGUUUUGGCAGAAAAUGACGUGCUACCCUGGGAAAUUGUAUAUAUAUUCAAACAAGUCCUGAAGGAUUUCCUGAGUUCCAUAGAGAGAGAGACUCAGCAGGUGACGCUGUUGGACAUGUGGAAUGCAAACUGUCCUGUCAAUUUCACAGCGGCCAGUGAUGCAAACUCACACAAAGAAGAGAUCCCAACAGUGUCCAGUUAUGUCGACAGGAACACUCAGAGCUUGUUCCCGACAUUCUCCCACCGGAUAUGGAACCUGCCCUACUACUACCCAUCGAGUUAGAGGGGGGAGGUUUCUCCUACAGUAAACAAAAUCACAUUGGGUAAAUAACCAAUUGCUUCCAAACAA